ACUCGACUCAGUAAGGAUAGGAAAACUGAUGUGAGGAGAGAAACUUGAGGGAGUAGCAGGUGCCUCCAACAGCAGCCUGGAUUAUGGACGGGCUUCAUGUUUCCAUGUCUUUUUUUCUUUUAUGAUGAGCAGAACUGGUGCUUGGGAACUGAAAGGAUGGGAUAUGCAUUCAUGCUGUCUUUUGCGGGCUAUGAAGUGGGUCAACACCUGAGAAGGAGCUGAAAAGAGAAGCUGAACUGAAGCAGUUUUGUCCUGCUUAAAGAGCAAAAGAGGGGCGGACUGAAUACGGGUACACCAGACAGUAGGAAUGCAGAAAUAGAAAGAAAAUACAUUCAGUUUUUAGCUAUUAAAUAUAGAAACAUUUGAUUUUCAGUAUUUUACAUUAGAUGCACUGUAGAUAUUAAAUAUCUCAGACUAAUUCUGUGAUAUUUUAAAAGAGUAUUUUAAGUUUCUAAUCCUCUCUAACCUUAAAAAACUUCCUUUUUGCACCCUAACAAAGUUCCUCUCAGCUCUAAACUGGUUUUACAGGCUAUGUGUGGGAUAAUCUAAAUAUAUUCUAAUACUGGAUACACAACCUGCUGAGUAACUGCAGCGUUUACUGGAUGAAUCAGCUGUGGAGCAACAUUUUUAGUUGUUUGAUGAAGUUUUCUCAGUCUUUCUUCAACCUUACGGAUAACUCAGUAUCUCUUGGCCUCAAAGGUCAAACAUUCCAUCUGAUCUACGGUGCAGCCAUAGGAAUCAUUUCCUCCAUUGGCACAGAGAAAGACACACUCUCUUCUAAGCCUCAACAAUGCAGGCACCAGGACCUGAGCAUGAUGACUCCUUUGAUUUUUUGUUUAAGAUCAUCCUUAUUGGAGACUCUAAUGUGGGGAAGACCUGCGUGGUCCAGAAUUUCAAGUCAGGGAUUUUCUCGGAGAAACAACAGAACACCAUUGGGGUGGAUUUCACUGUGCGAACGGUCGACAUCGAAGGGAAAAAAGUGAAGAUGCAGGUGUGGGACACGGCAGGUCAGGAGAGGUUUCGCACUAUCACCCAAAGCUACUACCGCAGCGCUCACGGCGCCAUGAUUGCCUAUGACAUCACAAGGCACUCAACUUUUAACUCUGUGGCACACUGGAUCAAAGAGGUGGAGCUCUACGGAGCAGCAAAUAUAGUCCUUGCACUAAUAGGUAACAAAUGUGACCUGGAAGAGGAAAGGCAGGUUCAGUUUGCAGAAGCUUGCAACCUGGCAGAAGAGAGAGGCAUCCUCGCUGCAUUAGAAACAUCUGCAAAGGAGAGUCAAAAUGUCGAAGAAGCCUUUAUGAUGAUGGCAAGAGAGCUGAUGUCUCGCAAUGGCCUCUGUGUCCAGCAGGGGGACACAGAGAGCAACAGCACACCUCAAGUUCUCCUCCGAGCCAACUCUCGACCAGUCGAUGGUAAUUUAGCCGCUUAUGGGCCACCAGAGAAGAAGUCAUGCUGCUGAUAUAAAGGAUGGCUGAUGGUGGAAAUUAAAUGUUGACUGAGGACGAGUAAGGGGGUGAAGGACACUUUAAUUUUAAUGAAUGUUGAUGAGGAGGAAUGCAAGAGGAAAUUAAACCAAAUGGACGUGAACUGGCAUCAGAACGGCCUCAAUAACUGAAAAUCUGUUCUAGGAAGUUAUUGGAAAGUAUUGGGAAAUCUUACCUUACUUACCUAACCUGACAGAACACUUAGCAAAGCAUGUUUACUCUUAAGGUAUGUGAUCAGUGUUUUGGGAAAGUUACAGUAACAUGGACCGUUUUGACUCUCAGCUGAUGCCCUACUAUCUAAAUAGAUGCUGUGGGAACUGUUACAAAUUCUUGAUUUUAUGUUUGUGCUUUUAAAACUAAUCAAAUUCUGAAUAAUAAUAAUAAAAAAAGGCCAAGAUAUGUCAGCCUGUAACCUGUGCACACUCAAUACUUAUUGGCUUAGACUGUGCUGUACUGACUAAAAGAAAAUCUCAAAACAGUUCCACAUCUGUUGAGUGUUUUCUCAUUGGCACGACGUGUAGAUUUUGGAGAAAGCAAGGUCUUCUUACUUUUUGAAAAGACUGUUAGAUGCUGUUUAAAGACUCUUGAGUAUUUCACCCUUGUGGUGCCUCUAUGACGAGCUUUGAUCCUCUUCUGCUCUGCUGUGGAUGAAAGUGUCCUGGAACCUGCUGCAAGCCAAAACACUGUGAAUUAUACAUUUUAUGUCUCUGUUAAUUGUUCAGCUGUCAAGACUAUGUCUUUUUUUUAGUUGCAAAUGCCUGUUUAUAAAGUCUUUUAAGUCUGACUGAUGAAAAACAAGAUGCUUUGGAUGAGGUCACACACAAAUUAGAGACACAAGAAGGGGCUUAAAAAUAUUAGAGUUGCUUUAAUGCACUGUUGAGAGAUUUAAAGAAUUCAUAUUGUUUUAACUAUUAAUCAUGUUUUUUUAAAGCUCAAACGAGGUUUGAAGUGUGGUAAAUGCUAGCUGAACACGUCUACACUCCUUUCAAACACUAGAUGGCACUGUGUUACCACACAUAACCUGUAAGUGAAGCUCAAGUCCUCAUUGUGUUACAUAAUAAAGAAAAACUUGUGCUAACGCUUAAAAUAAGUUGACUGACUUGUAUGACACAUUAAAAAGUCUAAUCAGCUUUAAGAUGGGUCAAUGCUAACACCACUUUCUGCAGACUGAGCUGAUGAGGCCCAUGUCCAGGAUGUUAUCUUUCUUUAAGGCCUCAUGCCAACUUGGCAAACCACACUGAAACACCAACCUUGAAGCCUUGUAGCUGAGUCCAGACUGACUGCUUCUUUCUGAAAGAUCCAGCAAAACUGCAGCAGUUUACAUUGGCUUCUCAGUAUGGAGGAAAGAUCCAGGUGCAGUCUGGUCCUUUAGCAAAACUGCUUCAUUUAACAAGCCAUUAAUAAUUAAUACAGUAUAUUCCUCUUAAUCCCUGCAUGUAACUAUUUAUUAAUUCACUGACAACAGAAAAUGAAAGAACUAAGAUGAAGUAAGUGGACUCAGAAGCCAAACAGAACAUACAUUGUUUAUUCAGUGUUUCUAUAAUUAUCACUCUCUUAUAUCAGCUCAUUUAAAUUGGUACGCUUUGCUGAUCAGCCCUGGUCGGGGUGCUUAUGGAAGAAUCUCAGCAAAAUAUUUGGAAAUGUUAAGUCUUCAUUAAACUGGUGACUCACUGUGUA